GCCGCUCUCCGCCGGUAAAUCUUCUCUCGACGUCUGCGUACUCUCUUCCCAUUUCCACACCGAUCCUCUGGUGGGAUCCGAGCAAUUGUCUCCUAUCGUUCUGGAGUCCUCUUCAAAUUCAAUCUAACAAUCUGUAUUUUCUGAAAUUUUUAUUAGGAUUCUCUUCAUAUAACUCUGCGGCAUCAUGUUCAAAAAGUUUUCUACUGAAGACGUGUCUGCCCAGAAUCAAGUCAAGGCAUCGGUGCAACGGAGGAUUCGGCAAAGCAUAGCUGAAGAAUAUCCUGGACUGGAGCCAGUUUUGGAUGAUUUGCUUCCUAAAAAAGCUCCUCUGAUUGUAACUAAGUGUCAAAACCAUCUCAAUCUGGUUGUUGUGAACAAUGUGCCACUCUUUUUCAAUAUCCGUGAUGGGCCCUACAUGCCUACAUUAAGGUUGCUUCAUCAAUAUCCUAACAUUAUGAAAAAAUUACAAGUAGACAGAGGUGCCAUAAAGUUUGUCCUUGCUGGUGCUAACAUAAUGUGUCCUGGUCUUACGUCCCCUGGCGGUGCCUUGGACGAUGAAGUCGAAGCCGAUACACCUGUGGCAAUAAUGGCAGAAGGGAAGCAACAUGCUCUUGCUAUUGGCUUCACAAAGAUGUCAGCCAAGGAAAUAAGGGCGACGAACAAAGGGAUUGGCGUGGACAAUAUGCAUUACCUUAACGACGGUCUUUGGAAGAUGGAACGACUCGAUUGAGGGUAUCUUAAAGAAACAACGUCGGGGGACGGGUGGGGCCGACACGACUUAGAGAACAAACUUCGUUUAAUUUCUUCAUUCUCUGCACUUUUAUAAGUCUUAACAGCCUAUUUUGUCUCCAUAUUUUUAGUAUCAGAAUUGUACUUAAAAUCCCUUCACAUUAUUAUGUGAAUCUGCUCUCCAUGCACUUCUU